AGGUCUUCUUCUUUUUCGCUUUCCUACCGUUGUAUUAAAGUCCGCUGUUGACGUUUAGGCUUGCUUUGCUCAAUGAUUGUACAUGUACCAUUUCGUAACAAUAGAAACCAUACUCGUUUUAAACUCUCAUUUAAAAAAAAUUCCUCCCUCUUGAAGCGGAAAAAAAGGAAUAAUUUGCGGUUUCCCUAGCCCUGAAUUUCUGCUUUGUGGUUCAUUUGCGGUCGGCCUUCUCAUUUAUUUCACACCAACUCCUCUAAGUUGGAAAUGGCGGAUAAUACUAAAUUCACUUUGCCAAGAUGUGUUUUCAUUCAUGGAAGUUACCCUCAAAUGUAUGCCAGUAAAAAAACAAAACAAAACAAACAAACAAAAACAAACAAACAAAAACAAACAAACAAAACAAAUCAAAAUCAAAUCAAAACAAUUCCUCUUGUUCAAAAUUAUAAUUGCUAAUAGUAUAGUUGCUAAACGACUGUGAAUAUAUGAAAGUCAUGGGUUCAAAUCCCGUACAGGCCUGAAUUUUUUUCCGGGUCUUAUUUUCACUACUGCUCAAGUAGUGUUCAUUACUGUGAAGAUCGCUUUCAGGAUAGUUGCUCUGGUACAGUGUACAGUCGAUUAUUAAAUGCAGUAAAACCAUUUCAACUGACUUGAAGGAUAAAGCAACGUUAAUUAAAACAAUUUUCUUUUUCCCGACACUACAGCUUUUGGUGCAACCUUGAAAACUGGUGAACAAACGACAAUUACAGGAUGAAACUGGGAACUUUCAUUGCCUUUAGUGGAUUCUUGAUAACACAGAUAAUGUUUGUGGAUGCAAGGCCUAGACUGCCGAGCAAAUUGAAAAAGGAAAAAACGGAGGUCUUUUCAACAAGUAAGCCAGAAAGUGAAGAAAAUCAAUUUGAAGAAGGCUGGACUUUAGCUACCUUGUUCGGCAUGGGAGAACAUGACUCAGGUGAAAGCAGCCAGAGACCAAUAUCUUCAAGCCCUUUGCUAACUAGCCCUGCAGAUGCACCCAGAUCUGGUGGAGAACAAGAUGCUCACUCUGACAGCUCUGUGAAUGACACUGAUCAUCAGCAGAAAAAUAAAGGAAGAAAAAGAGUGCGAAGGCGUUGUCGUCCUGGUUAUAUCCAUCAAUGUCUGCCGACCAAAAAACCAAAACUGACUAAAAAACCAAAACUUCCCAAAAGAGCUCGUCGCUGAUUUCGUUCCAAAUUUCAUAAAUGUUUACACAUAUUUAUAGAUGUAUAGAUGCGUAAGAUCAUAGGUUAUCAUAAUAAUAAUUGAUCGUCUAAUAUGAGGAAAAAAAACUGUUGAAUUAUUUUCUUAUGAUAAACUCGAGCACCGAAACACAGCGACAAAAUGUAAUAUGUAAUUUUUCUCCCGGUAGCUGCUGGCAGACAAGGGCAUCAAAGGAAGCUGAUCAGAGAGUAUUUAAGUGUAUAGUUUUUGCUAUGUAAAUAUUGCGCAUUGGUGUUGCUGUAUUAGCUAGAGCAUGGGAAAAUGGACAAAACAAUAAAUGUUUGAUCAAAAAUUA